AUGCCAACGAUACUGGGCAUAUUCUUGUUUAACUCUAGGGAGAUCAGCCUUGAUGCCUGUUUUGCCCAGCUGUUCUUCAUCCACUCGCUUACAAAAAUUGAAUCCUCCAUGCUCUUGUUGAUGGCCUUUGACCGCUUCAUCGCGAUCCGUGACCCGAUGAGAUAUGCUUCCAUCUUAACCCUGCCAAGAAUAGGCAAGAUGGGACUGGUGUGUGUUCUAAGAGGAGUGGCCGUAAUGCUCCCACUCCCCUUUGUCCUGAAACAGUUCCGAUACUGUCGAUCCAAUGUCCUCUCCCAUUCCUACUGCCUGCACCAGGAUGUCAUGAAGAUGGCUUGUUCGGACAUCAGAGUCAACUACAUCUACGGCUCGUUUAUUACAUUCUUCACGGUGGGGUUGGACUCACUGCUCAUCUUUCUCUCUUAUGUGAUGAUCCUCAAAACAGUGCUGAGCAUCACUUCCCACGCGGAGUGCUUCAGGGCCCUGAACACCUGCGUUUCCCACCUCUGUGCCGUCCUGCUCUUCUACACACCAGAGAUCGGCCUUCCUGUGAUACACAGAUUUGGGAUUAUUUCUUCUCACUUUGCUUCAGAGUCUUCUGAGCUUCAUAGUCCUGCUGGUCCCGCCCCUGAUGAACCCAAUCGUGUACAGCGUGAAAACCAAACAUCUUCGUGUGAGGAUAAUCAGGGCAUUCGUCAAGUGAAGGGUCAGUUCAUCACCCGGCUCCAGCGUGGUUAUGUGGGAGAUGAAAUAUACGGGCCAGCUAUUCCAUCCUGGACCUUUACAUCUGAGACGACAUGA